AUGGCGGUGGCAUCGGUAGUGGGUACCAUCGGGGACCUGGGUCUCAGGGUGGCGCCCCAGAAGACUGAAGCCGUGUUUUUUCUCGACGGAAGUCGAGGGGCGCCGCCAGAGAAACGGGUCCUGGUCGAUGGCGUCCACAUCCGCGUCGGGCCGACGAUCAAGCAACUGGCCCCCAGUGUGCGCGAGGCCGGACUGGCACUCGCUAGUCUCCUGCGCAACCAUGGGGGUCCAGGAUGGAGGUCGCGCCGCCUGUACGUCAGCGCCGUCCUCUCGAUCGCCCUGUACGGGGCCUCAAUAUGGGCGCCCCAGCUUCGGGCGUCCCGCGACGGCAUUCGUCGUCUGCGGGCCGCCCUGAGGCCGUUGUACGUAAGGGCGGCCAGGGGAUUCAGGACGCUGUCGUACAUGGCGGCGACCACCCUAGCCGGGUCCCCUCCCGUGGAGCUCAUCGCUGAGGAGCGAGCCCUCCUUUACUCGAGGGUGAAGGAGCUCCGCGAGGCGGGGGAGCAAUCUCCACCGUGGACGCCACCUUGCCGUGGUGGGGGAGCUUGCAUGCCCCUAUGA